UCAACAUCUGCAGAUUGGUUUGCUGAAAAGGCCAUUGAUGGUAAUCGAGGUCUUCAACAGUUGUAUACGGGAUGCUCCUCAACCCUUAAUGAGACUAACCCGUGGUGGAGGCUGGAUCUGCGUGAUGUCUACCGAGUUAGUGAAGUGGUCAUCACUAACAGAAAAGACUGCUGUGCUGAACAGAUAAACGGAGCAGAGAUUCACAUCGGAAACUCUUUGGAGAACAACGGUACCAACAAUCCCAUAUGUGCUGUUAUUCCUGAUAUUCCAGCAGGUGAGUCCAACAACUACUUAUGUGAUGGAUUGGAGGGACGUUACAUGAUUAUUCAUAUUCCUGGAGACUGGAAGAUUCUUACUCUUUGUGAGGUUGAAGUCUACGGGUAUUUGGCAGAAAAUCUGGCAGUAGCUGGAGCUGCUAUACAGUCGUCAACAUCUGCAGACUGGUUUGCUGAAAAGGCCAUUGAUCGAGGUCUCCAACAGUUGUAUACGGGAUGCUCCUCAACCAUUCCUGAGAAUAACCCGUGGUGGAGGCUGGAUCUGCGUCAUAUUUACAGAGUUAAUAAAGUGGUCAUCACUAAUAGAAAAGACUGCUGUGCAGAACGAUUAAACGGAACAGAGAUUCGCAUCGGAAACUCUUUGGAGAACAAUGGCACCAACAAUCCCAUAUGUGCUGUUAUUCCUGCUAUUCCAGCAGGUGAGUCCUACAGCUACUCGUGUGAUGGGAUGGAGGGACGUUACUUGAAUCUGAUCGUUCCUGGAGACAUGAAGACACUCACUCUGUGUGAGGUGAAGGUCUAUGGAGAAGGUCCCUGUUUAAAAAGAUCAUUUGUAAAACUGAUGUUUCACUCCAGCAAAGAUUUGACCGACUCUACAAUGACAGAAAUCGUUCUGAAGCAGGUUUUAAGUUCUUGA